AUGGAGAGGGUGCUCAAGGAUGACGCCAUCCAGGAGAAGGGCGAGCGCGCCAGGAUGGUAACCACCCGCCUCCCAUCUGAUCUGCUUGUUUUCCUUCUUGGUCUGACCGGGUCGGCAUCUUUUGUAGGUGCCAUGGCGAUCGCAGACUUAGUCAAGACCACAUUGGGACCAAAAGGAAUGGACAAGAUCCUUCAGUCGACUGGCCGAGGGCGGAGUGUCACCGUUACAAAUGAUGGUGCUACCAUUUUGAAGUCGCUUCAUAUCGACAACCCUGCUGCCAAGGUCCUUGUUGACAUCUCAAAAGUCCAAGAUGAUGAAGUUGGUGAUGGAACAACUUCUGUUGUUGUUUUGGCUGGAGAACUGUUGAGGGAGGCAGAAAAGUUGGUUAACAUGAAGAUUCAUCCGAUGACUAUUAUUGCAGGUUACAGAAUGGCUGCUGAGUGUGCCAGAAAUGCGUUGCUGAAAAGGACCAUGGACAACAAAGACAAUACAGACAAGUUCAGAUCAGAUCUCAUGAACAUUGCCAUGACUACGCUUAGUUCAAAAAUUCUCUCCCAGGACAAGGAAUAUUUUGCUGAACUUGCAGUUGAUGCUGUCCUCAGGCUUAAGGGUAGCACCAACUUGGAAUCAAUCCAAAUUCUGAAGAAACCGGGAGGUUCUCUCAAGGAUUCCUUUUUGGAUGAAGGGUUCAUUCUUGAUAAGAAGAUUGGCCUUGGUCAACCAAAGCGUAUUGAAAACGCUAAUAUUCUGGUUGCAAACACUGCUAUGGACACAGAUAAAGUUAAGAUUUAUGGGGCACGUGUCCGGGUGGAUUCGAUGGCUAAGGUUGCAGAUAUUGAAGCUGCUGAGAAACAGAAAAUGAGAGAGAAAGUUGAGAAAAUCAUUGGCCACGGGAUAAACUGCUUUGUCAACAGGCAGCUAAUCUACAACUUCCCUGAAGAACUUUUUGCUGAUGCUGGCAUACUCGCAGUUGAGCAUGCUGACUUUGAGGGCAUCGAGCGGCUAGCUCUUGUCACUGGAGGUGAUAUUGCAUCAACUUUUGACAACCCAGAGUCUGUUAAGCUUGGGCACUGCAAGCUCAUCGAAGAGAUUAUGAUUGGGGAGGACAGGCUGAUUCAUUUCUCCGGGGUUGCGAUGGGGCAAGCAUGCACCAUUGUCCUGAGAGGAGCAAGUGAGCAUGUACUUGAUGAGGCGGAGAGGUCCUUGCAUGAUGCCCUAUGUGUGCUUUCUCAGACGGUAACUGACACGCGUGUCAUAUAUGGUGGUGGAUGGCCUGAGAUGGUGAUGUCCAAGGAGGUGGACGAACUUGCAAGGAAGACCCCUGGGAAGAAAUCUCAUGCGAUUGACGCCUUUUCGCGCGCCCUGCAAGCCAUCCCAACAAUCAUUGCUGACAAUGCUGGUCUGGAUAGUGCUGAGCUGAUCUCCCAGCUCCGAGCCGAGCACCACAAAGAGAACAGCACUGCUGGAAUUGAUGUCAUCAGCGGCGGGCUGGGAGACAUGCAGAAGCGCGGGAUAUGCGAGGCGUUCAAGGUGAAGCAGGCCAUCGUCCUGUCGGCGACCGAGGCCGCGGAGAUGAUCCUGAGGGUCGACGAGAUCAUAACCUGCGCCCCGCGCAGGAGGGAGGACAGGAUGUGA